GGGAAAGUUUGGGCACCCCCUGGUGUGAAGUAACAGUGUGUGUGUGUGUGUGAGUGAGUGUGUGUGUGUGUGUACAGUACAUUGAAGUGUGUAGUGUGUGUUUUCAUUUCCCACUCCGGCUGUUGCCAUAGUGAAUACAAACAACACUACCAUCAUUUCCCACAGACAAUGCCGCCUCCAGGAACCUACUGGACAAUUGUACUUUUGUUACUUUUUGUUAGAAAGGCGCCGCGUAAAUUUAUUCUAUUAAGCUAAUACUGAUGUGUCUUUAGAUUUGACAUGUAGUCACUAAAUGGUGGGGUUUUUUUUAUUCCAUUUUAUCCGCCAAAGAUCAGUAAGAGUUGUUACUAGGCUACUUAAGCUUCAAAAUAUCCGAUAGUCACGAAGGCAUCAGUCCCCUGUGGGCGUGGCUUGGUAAAGCCCCGGCCUGAGUCACUCUUCCCAUAAACACUCGGCUAGCCGGUUUUCGAGUGGAUGCUAGCAGACGGGCGGACCGGGAGGCGCUUCCAAACUCGAACGACGCCGGCCGACAUGUCGCGACCGCCGCGGUGACGGACGUCUCUCCUCCGCGGCCUCUCAUGGUCCAUUUCCCGGCGCUCCGAGCCAAGGCGCGCAGCGUCACGCCGGGCCCGGCCAAGAUGUUCGACUCGUCGCGGAGCGUUCGGGACGGAGUGAGGAUGGAGGUGUCCGAGCACAGCAGCCCGGUGGUCCUGCACAGCUUCACGCAGCUGGACCCGGACCUGCCCCUGCUGGAGGUACUUGGUCCGCGGUUUGAGAUGGGCUUCGGGAGCUCGACGCAGGAGAUCGGCGAGGAGGUGGAGGACGACGCCGUCUUCACCAUCACGUUGAGGAAGGUACAGCUCCACCACUCGUCCAGCAAGGGGCAGCGGUGGCUGGGCGUGGAGACCGACGCGGCUCUGAGCCUCUACGAGACCUGCAAGGUCCGGACCAUCAAGGCGGGCACGCUGGAGCGGCUGGUGGAGUACAUGGUGACGGCGUUCCGGGGCAAAGACUCCACCUACGUCACCAUCUUCCUCUGCACCUACCGCUCCUUCGCCACCACCAAGCAGGUGCUGGACCUCCUGCUCAACAGGUAUGCAAGGCUUCAGAACAUUCCGGUGGCGGCGGCGCAUCGCGUGUCCCAGGACGAGCGCACCGAGCUGAGAAACACGGUGUCGUCCAUCUUGGGUGCGUGGCUGGACCAGUACUCUGAGGACUUCUGGAAUCCGCCCAACUACGACUGCUUGCAUCAGCUCCUGUCCUACCUGCACCUGCACUUCCCCGGCUCCGACCUGGAGCGCCGCGCCCGCAACCUGCUGGCUCACUUCCACCGCCGGCAGCAGUGCGAGCCUGAUUCUGACGGGGAACACAUCGGUUGCCCCUUCGCCACGCAGGAAGAGAGCGGCUUCGAGGACGAGCUCCCCGCCUUCAGCUUCCUGUCCUUCGACCCCAUCAUGGUGGCCGAGCAGUUCACGCUCAUGGACGCGGACCUGUUCAAGAAGGUGGUCCCGUACCACUGCCUGGGCGGCAUCUGGUCCCAGAGGGACAAGAAGGGAAAGGAGCAUCUGGCGCCCACCAUCAGAGCCACGGUGGCCCAGUUCAACUCGGUCACCAACUGUGUCAUCGCCACCUGCCUGAGCAACCCGGUGCUGAAGGCCAGCCAGAGAGCCCGGCUGCUGGAGAGGUGGAUCGACGUGGCCCGGGAGUGUCGGAUCCUGAAGAACUUCUCGUCCUUACGGGCCAUCCUCUCCGCCCUUCAGUGCAACGCCGUCCACCGCCUGAAGAGGACUUGGGAGGAAGUGUCGAGAGAGAGCUUCCGCACAUUCCGCGAGCUUUCCGAGAUCUUCUCAGACGACAACAACUACUCGCUGAGCCGAGAGCUGCUGGUCAAGGAGGGCACGUCCAAGUUCGCCACCUUGGAGAUCAACCCCAAGCGGGCUCAGAGGAGACACCAGCAGCAGAGAGACCUGGGCGUGAUGCAGGGCACCAUUCCCUACCUGGGCACCUUCCUGACGGACCUGGUGAUGAUGGACACGGCCAUGAAGGACUACAUGGAGGGCGGUCUGAUCAACUUUGAGAAGAGAAGGAAGGAGUUCGAGGUGAUCGCACAGAUCAAACUGCUGCAGCUGGCCUCCAACAACUACAGCUUCACUCAGGACGGACACUUCCGCGAGUGGUUCGCCAGCGUGGAGAAGCUCAGCGAGGCCGACAGCUACCAGCUGUCGUGUGACAUCGAGCCGCUGUCCGAGUCGGCCAGCAACACCCUCCGCGCCAAGAAGAACGGAGGAAUCAUGAAGCGCUGGAGCGAUCGACAGCUGGCAGAGGGCGCUUCCGGCGCCGUGGGUUCUCAUUCCAAGUCCUUCGACCACGCCCACUUCAGGCCGUACCAAGGCGGCGGCGGCGGGGACAGCGGCGACGCCCUCAGCAUCACCUCCGUCAGCUCCAGCGGCUCGGACCUGGAGGACGUCAACGCCAGCUUCCUGUCGGACUCCCCGGAGGGACACGAGAGGAAGACGUCGACGCCGUCAGUCAAACUUUCCGUUUCUGCGUUGGGAAGAGAAGCGCCCUCUGCAGACACCACUUCCACGUUCUGGGAGUGCACCUCGCUGUCUUCGCUGGACACGUCCGGGAUGGGCUCCAGCUCAGGCUCCGCCUCCGGCUCCAGCACGGCCUCGUCCUCCUCCGUGUCCUCGUCCACGCCGCUGUCGCGCUCGCACAAGCGCUCGGCGUCGGCCGUGUCCAACUACUCCACGCUGUCGCUGCCGCUGUACAACCAGCAGGUGGACGACUGCUGCAUCAUCCGCGUCAGCCUGGACGUGGAGAACGGCAACAUGUACAAGAGCAUCCUGGUGACCAGUCAGGACAAGACGCCCGCCGUCAUCAGGAAGGCGAUGAUCAAACACAACCUGGAGCGGGAGAAGACGGAGGACUACGAGCUGGUGCAGAAGAUCUCGGAGGACAAAGAGCUGCGGAUCCCCGACAACGCCAACGUCUUCUACGCCAUGAACUCCAGCGCCAACUACAACUUCGUCCUGAAGAAGCGGGGCCCGGCGUGGCCCCCGCGCGCCAAGACCGUGGCCAGCUCCACGCUGCCUCGCAUGAAGCAGAAGGGACUGAAAAUCGCCAAAGGGAUCUUCUGAAGGAGGGGCGCUUCCUGUUGUGGGCGGAGCUCGACGCCAACAAACAGGAAGUGGGCGGAGUCAAGUGGCCUCGCUUUGUUUACAUCAGUCAGCCGGGGAGACAUUUUGAUGUGACGCAGCGGGAGUGUUGC